CACGGCAACGGAACGUGGCCCCCAAACACCAACAGAGAACGUUGGCCUCGGUCACAGGACCGGUUGCCAACAAUUCCAGGUGGCCCUCAGUCAUGCCCAGUCCCCAGUGACGUGGCCCUUGGGAACAACCCGGUGCCAGAAAGGGAAUUCUGCCCUCAGACAUGGCCAGGUGCCGCCCAUGGAGCAUCUUAUUCUCCCUGAUCCCUCCAGAUCCAAUUGAUACAGAUAAUGAAGACAGUUGGGGCCUGUCAGAUGUAUUUUGCGAUCCUCAGGUCGUGAACCACUUUUUGCCUGGAUCCAGAAAGACUGACAGUGCUGCCGUCCUGGACAGCACAAAGGAUGCAGCCAGUUCCUUUUUUGAAGGUGCUGGGCUCUGGGAAUCCUCCAGCAGCCUCCUGAGUGCAGAGCUGAGCCAGCCCACGGUCAGCAUGGGCCUGGCAGUGCCACAGGAUGCCAGCCUGGCAUGGCAGUGGGACAGCGGGGCCGCCGUGGUGGGGCCACCCUGUGACCUGCUCCAGCAGUGCCUGUGGGCAGCGGGCAUCACGGAGCAGCUGCUGGAGGCGGAGGCCAAGCAGGACCUGGGCAGGUCCCAGCCCCAGGUGGCUUUGGGCAGCACCCUGCAGCUCUGCCCCGCUGAUGUCCGGGGGCUGCAGCCCUGCACCAGCCACCCCCCCCAGAAGGGGAACAUCCAGCCCUUCCAGCAGCACCUCGGGCCCUUCUCCGGCCUCCAGGGCCCCGGUGGGACAGUGGGCGUGGGGCCCAGCCAGGUGUGGGGACAGCAGGUGAUGGCCCAGCCAGCACAGCAGGUCGUGUUCCUCCAGCAGGUACCACAGGGGAUCGUCUCACAGGGAAAGCAGCUGUUCCCUGGCCCACCCUCCUGCGUCCUGGGGAGCCCCCAGGGGCAGCCAGUGCCGGUGCUGGUGCCACUGGUGCCACUGGCCCACGUGCCCACCACCUUCCCACACUCUGCUGCCAGGUCAUCCCACCACCACCAGCACCCUGGAGCAGCAGCCCCUCGGCACAGCAGCACCCUGGCACCCAAGGCUGGGGGAGUUGAGCUGUGGCACAGUGAAAGCUGCCAGAGCCAGGAGCCAAAACAGGAGACUGAGCUCUUUUAUCUCUUAUUUUAAAUAAAACUGGGUUUUUUUCCACG